CUGUGAAGAUUAGUGGCGCGCUAUGACGUCAAGUGGCGUGAUACUCGCCCGAGCUGUGGACAAAUGGCAGCCGAGCUAUGCAAAUCAAUCUCUUCCAGUGAUCCACGCUUGUAGACGAAAGACUACAAUUGAUUUAUCAAAAAUGGGAGCGGAUUCACUUCGCUAUCUGGUAGUCGUUUGGAUUAUUCUGUCAGCAAAGAGAGCGGUUUUAGGUUUUAACUGUAGUUCAUCGAAGUUCAGAUGCAACAACCAGCGCUGUGUUCCCUUGGAUUGGCGAUGUGACGGAGCAAAUGAUUGUGGGGAUAAUUCAGAUGAAAGUGGUUGCCGUCUACGCUUGUGCGACCCAAAAACCGAGUUCACCUGUGCGAAUGGUACCUGUAUACCCACUAGUUGGGUUUGUGAUGGUGCUAAAGAUUGCAAAGAUGGAAGUGAUGAAGCUACUGAUAGUGGACCUCGCUGUCCCACUGUUUCCCACACUUGUAGCUCUAGUGACUUUACAUGUGCCAAUGGAAUCUGUAUUGGAGCUGAACUGAAAUGUGACCAGGAAAAUGACUGUGGUGAUAACAGUGAUGAGCUGAAUUGCGGCUCUCUCAAGUGUAAAUCUACGGAGUUCCGCUGCGUCAAUGGUUUGCGAUGCGUGUCCAACGAUUUCCUCUGCGAUAUGGAAGACGAUUGUGGUGAUCGGAGUGACGAACGCAAUUGCCACAAGGCCUCUUGUGAUCCAUCUCAGUUUCGCUGUGUUGAGAGUGGACGAUGUAUCCGUGGUUUGUACCGAUGUGAUGGAAGGCAGGAAUGUGUGGAUGGCUCAGACGAACACAGUUGUAAUUCAUCAGUUAUAACCCGACCUACCCCUCCUCCACCCAAAUGCCGUAUAAAUGAAUGGCUGUGUAGCGACAGAAGUCAGUGCAUCCACAGGAAGUGGAUUUGUGACGGAACAGCUGAGUGUAGCGAUGGAAGUGAUGAAUCAAGCUGUGGCAACAUCGGUUGCACGCCUCAGGAAUUCCAGUGUGACAAUCAACAGUGUAUUCCCUCCGUGCAGCGUUGUGAUGGAAACGAUGACUGUGGUGAUGAAAGUGACGAGAGGAAUUGUCCUUCUCCAACCCCGUCUGUAACUACUAGUACCCAACCUCCGACAACUACACAUGCGUCUCCGCGGCCAGGCCCCACAGUUGAUGUAUCAGGUUACUCUAAUAAAACCACUUCCGUGUGCAAAGCCAACGAAUUUCGUUGUGGCAGCAGCUUAAUUUGCAUUGAUGAUAGCAAAGUCUGUGACAGACAUCCCGACUGCCCCCAUGGAGAGGAUGAAAAUAACUGCGACAUAAAUGAGUGCAAGGAUCACAAUGGACAUUGCUUGCACUAUUGCCACAACACGAAGACUGGGUUCUACUGUUCGUGUAGACCUGGAUAUGAACUAGCGGACGACAAAAAGAGUUGCCAAGACAUAAAUGAGUGCAAUAUUCCGGGAAUGUGCAGCCAAAUCUGUUACAACUUGAAAGGAGGAUUUAAAUGUUCAUGUCUUGACGGUUAUCAAUUGGAUCCUGACGGCAGGAAAUGUCGCGCCACUCGAGGUCCUCGUCCAAUGUUGAUCUUCAGCAAUCGUAGGAAUAUUCGUCGGAUCAGGACAGACGGCUCCGAAUACAAAGAAGCAGUCGCUCAACUUACAAACGCCUUUUCUUUGGACUUCGAUUUUAAAACAAGCAUGAUUUAUUGGACAGAAAAGUCUCUGAGGAAAAUCCAGCGGGCUCGUAUUGAUAAGAAUCCUGCUCCCAAAAUCGUAGACGUCAUGCAAGAAGGAUUGGAAGAUUCAUCCCACAUCGCGGUGGACUGGGUCGGGAGGAAAAUCUACUGGGCCAAUGAAGGUGGUUCUAUUGAAGUAUCCGAGAUGGACGGUUCCUUCCGUCACACUUUGAUCAACGAAGGCAUCGAGAAACUUAGCGCUAUAGCUGUUGACCCCGUUGAAGGGGUUUUAUAUUGGACAGACUGGGGAGACCCGGCCAAAAUUGAACGAGCAAACAUGGACGGAAGCGAUCGAAAAAUCGUUAUAAGUGGAAACCAUAUUGAAUGGCCAGUCGACAUUGCUAUUGACUUCACCACUAAGAAAUUGUUCUGGAUUGACGCUAAACUCAAGGUUAUUAAGCAUUGUGAUAUGGAUGGUUCCAAUGUGCGUGAGGUGGUGAACCAGGGCAUUAAGGAUCCCUCUGCCAUCACAGUGUUUGAGGAUCACAUGUACUGGAUUGAUCAGAGAAAGAUCGUCAAAGCCAACAAGUUUACUGGGAAAAAUGUAACAGUUCUUUUGAAUCAAGCCGAAUCGCCCAAAGAUUUGCACAUAUACCAUCCACAGAGGCAACCACAUGCUGUUACGCCUUGUUCAAAAGAUAACGGAAAUUGUUCGCAUCUUUGCCUUUUAUCGUCGGGUGCUAAGAAGUUUACUUGCAACUGUCCUAACGGCCUUUAUCUUCAAGCUGAUGGAAGGACGUGUAACUCGACUAUGCCACCAACUACCAAACCAUCGCCAUCUUCAUCGUCAACUGUGUCAUCCCCCGCUAGUGUGAGUUACAGCACUGAAGAACCAGUUGUUAAACAACAAUCUGGACAAGACGACAGCAAACCUAACUACGGAAUUAUUUUGGGAGCUGUGUUUGGUGUUGUUGGGUUCAUUGCGAUCGUGUUUAUCAUCAUUCUGUUAAUUAUUGCAAGGAGAAAAAGAUCGCCGAAGCUAGAAAUUCAUUACACUGCUGAUCAAGAUGUGCCGGAGGACAAAGCUAUAAUCGUAAAACCGGAUGGUGUUUAUACUAAACGGCCAGCAAUAUUCAAGGGAAAUUUGAACAGAAAUUUUCAUAAUGUCAACUAUAUGGAAGGACAAGGUAGCGUAGAAUAUGACGAGGAUGAUGACGACGAAACACGCCCUGUGGUAUUAAAAGAAGAUAUAGUUUGAUAUUAACCUACAGUGCGUUAUGUAUCUGCUGUGUUCCAGACAUUCAGACCUAUGAGAGCACUAAAAGAGGAGUUACCGUUCUUGCUACUUUCCUGGUCUCUAACCCAUCCCCUUUGAGUUAAUGGGGAGGGGAGGGGGAGCAGGACACCACAGGAUUGAGCUCUAGGAUAAUGGAUCAUUCGACUCUGCCCUGCAAGGGUUAGCAGGUUGUGUUGCUUCUCUCGAUCUUAAAAAUUUUGCUCUCAAAACUGUCAAAUGAAGUAAGGUGGGUUUAAUAUCCUUUAAGGGAUAAUGUUUAAAUUCAACAAAUCAAUCAGUAUUAAGCAAGGUCUGACUGUAUUUUUGUAACAUAAACCUCUAAACUGAUAAUGUGAGAAAAACAAAACAAAAUCUAAUUUAUUAUAUAAUAUAAUUUAUUCGCGUUAUGUAGAGGUUUAAGAUAUGUUCCUUCUCAGCCUUGAUCUUUGCCUAGUUAAAAAAAAAAAAGUGGCAGAAAUUUUAUUGGUCAGCUCAGAUGAAUUUUGUUUCUUUGAAUCAAACUUUUUCCAGAUUUGUCAGCUGUCUUCUCUCCCCACUCCCCCAUGGGGCGACCCUCGGGGUUUGAGCGAGGAGAAGGCUUACACUUCAGACCACAAAAUAACACGUUGGACAGGAAUUCGUCCCUUUUCGAAAUCCUGUUCAACAGGUUUGGGCAUCAGCUGGCUGUAUGUUCGAAUGGAAAGAUAGUCUAUGACUUGCAGUCAAAUUAAUAAUUAUAAUAAUGGUUUGGACCAUAGUGUGAAGCUCUAGUUAAUUUGUAUUGAAAAUGAUGGUUUACUUUUUUACUUAAAAAAAAUGUGUGUAUAGUUUUGGCAGUAUAAAAACUGUACAGAGAACAUACGCCUGAAAAUAUUUUUGGUUGUAGUGAGUUCUACAUUAACUUUAAAAUUGCUAAGAUAUUGUAUAAUUGAUUAAUGCCGCUGUAUUAAUGAUUUGCAAUCGUUUUUGGGAUCAAUAUCAGUAUCUGGCCAACUGCCCACCUACCCCUCUCCUAACCCAACAAUAGUCAAUUGAUGACAAGUUAGGGUUAAUGUUGGGUUAGGGGAGGGGUAGGUGAGCAGUUGCCCAGAUACUGAUAUUGAUCCGGAUUUUGUUUGCUGCUUUAUAUGUUGUAAGUCACUCAUCCUAAUGUUCGCCUUUUUCAACUGAUACCUACUGCAAGACAAAAAAUGAAAAUAUCGUUUGUAUUUCAAAGACUCUUACAACACUUAAAAAUGGCGGUGCGUGUAUUUUAGUUCCGCUUUUCAUUUUGGUGUCACAUUUUAUAGUUUAUCGUAAAGUCAUCAUUCUAAAGAUAUUUAGGUUUUGUUUCCUAGUUUUUUACCAAGCAUAUAUUUUGUAUGCACUCUUAAUAGUUUGUCAUUUAAAUUGAGGGGCACAUUAUAUCAAGGUAGAUUCUACUCCUGCCCUCUUUGAAAUUUGUAUCUGCAACACCAUGUCAUCCAAUCAGUGUAAAUAACAACAUGAAUUUGUAAUGAGUGACUCCAAAAUUUCCACGUGGCUUGAAUUCUCAUUAUUAGAGUUAGUAACAUGGGAAUUCACCAGCGUUCGCGUGUUCGCUUUGAGCGAUGUCUUUUAGCAAAGGACGUGAAUGUUCUAUAGGUGUCGCAGGUAUAAAUUAAGUGUCACGUUUAAAAAAACAAAUCGUUUAGUAGUUACGCUUCUGAGCUUUAGCCUCAGAAUUUUUGCAGAAUUAAGACAACCGUUUAUUUAAGUUGUCACGCAACGAUUGUCACGCAACGCUUCUCACAGUUGCACUAAGAAGCGUAGCAUGACAGUACAAGAAUUCGUUGCUAGAUUGUUUGGUUUUGCCAACGAAAGAGAAUAUAUUAUGUUACGUAUUGAAUUGUUGGCCGUUGUAUAAUUAAAAAGUUUGUAAAUAUUAGCAUAGAUGUAUGGACAUAGGUUAAGAAAUAAUAGUUUGGAUAUAUUUCGUCACUUGUACAGUCUCGGUGAUUGUUGUUUAAAUUCUAAAGAAAGUUGAUGUUUAGCAUUCCCUUGGAGGUGCCAUUUCUAUUCUUGGUGGUUUCAGAUGAUUGUCUGACUUUGAAGCAAUCGUUGUGUUACUUUCACGAGUAGAUUCCUUUGUAAAUUAAUCCAACUUUAUUUCCUUCAACUUAGCCCUUUGAUUCCAAAGGGUGACUAGCAUCAGAUAUUUCCUUACUAUAUCACCACUGAAUCACGAACUAAUUAAGGUGUAGAUUGUUAAUAAAUUCUUUCUUGUGGCACCUUUGGAAAUAUAUGAAGAAAAGUAACGAGAAUAAGCAUAGCGACGUUAGGGUAGGAAAGGUUCAACCAUCGUUCUUUCUUUUCUGUGCUAGGUUAAUCUCCUGUUUUUGUCACUGAUAAUAUUUUAUUAGAAAUGACACAACGUUUGCCUUUUAGUCCAGACACUAUUGAAUAGUUCCCAGUAUUUUAACAUGGUGUUGCUCUCUCUAUAAUCAAUUGUCGCUUUUUCGGAUUUUUGUUUAGCGAUAGUUUUAAGGCAUGUUACUAUGACAACAAACUUUCAACGUUAUGAAUAGGUGUUACAUUGUAAGUGUUGUGUAUGUGAAUUGAAGCCACAGGCUUCCUAACCUUGUGAUCUAGUGAUAAUUGUUUUGUGAAUAAAAUUAGUUGAACAUUA